CCUUUCUCCUUCCUCCCCUCCUCGGCCCACCCUCUCCUCUUUCACCUGUCCUUUCUCCCUGCUCCUGAGGAGCCCCCGUUUUGGAUUAGUUGGGGCCACCACCGGAGGUGGGGGAGGGGGCCCUGUGGACUGCCCUCUCCCCCCCUCCCUGCCCCAGCCACACCACCGCCCAGUGCCAGAGCAUCUCCCCGCUGUCAUUUCUCGGGCCUCGAGGGAGCCCUGCCCUCCGUCCCACCAGGAUCCGUGGCGAGAGGGGGCCGCGGCAGCUGCGUCCCCAUGAGGAGGGGAGGAAGAUGCCGGCUGAGCUGCUGCUGCUGCUGAUUGUCGCCUUUGCCAGCCCCAGCUGCCAGGUGCUGUCAUCACUGCGCAUGGCUGCGAUCCUGGAUGAUCAGACGGUGUGUGGCCGUGGUGAGCGUCUGGCCCUGGCCCUGGCCCGGGAACAGAUAAACGGGAUCAUCGAGGUCCCAGCCAAGGCCCGAGUGGAAGUGGACAUCUUUGAGCUGCAGAGGGACAGCCAGUACGAGACCACGGACACCAUGUGUCAGAUCCUGCCUAAGGGGGUCGUGUCUGUCCUGGGGCCUUCCUCCAGCCCCGCAUCUGCGUCCACCGUGAGCCAUAUCUGUGGGGAGAAAGAGAUCCCCCACAUCAAGGUGGGUCCCGAGGAGACGCCUCGCCUCCAGUACCUUCGUUUUGCAUCUGUCAGCCUGUACCCCAGUAACGAGGAUGUCAGCCUGGCGGUCUCCCGAAUCCUCAAGUCCUUCAACUACCCCUCGGCCAGCCUCAUCUGCGCCAAGGCCGAGUGCCUGUUACGGUUGGAGGAGCUGGUUCGAGGCUUCCUCAUCUCCAAGGAGACGCUGUCAGUGAGGAUGCUGGAUGACAGCCGGGACCCCACGCCACUGCUCAAGGAGAUCCGUGAUGACAAGGUGUCCACCAUUAUCAUCGACGCCAAUGCCUCCAUCUCACACCUCAUCCUCCGUAAGGCCUCAGAACUAGGCAUGAUCUCAGCGUUUUACAAGUACAUCCUCACCACCAUGGACUUCCCCAUCCUGCACCUGGACGGGAUCGUGGAGGACUCCUCCAACAUCCUGGGCUUCUCCAUGUUCAACACCUCGCACCCCUUCUACCCCGAGUUUGUGCGCAGCCUCAACAUGUCCUGGAGAGAGAACUGCGAAGCCAGCACCUACCCGGGCCCUGCGCUGUCGGCAGCCCUGAUGUUUGAUGCCGUGCAUGUGGUGGUGAGCGCCGUCCGGGAGCUGACCCGCAGCCAGGAGAUCGGUGUAAAGCCACUGGCCUGUACGUCGGCCAACAUUUGGCCCCACGGGACCAGCCUCAUGAACUACCUGCGCAUGGUAGAGUAUGACGGGCUGACCGGGCGGGUCGAAUUCAACAGCAAAGGGCAGAGGACCAACUACACCCUGCGUAUCCUAGAGAAGUCCCGGCAGGGCCACCGUGAGAUCGGGGUGUGGUACUCUAACCGGACCCUGGCCAUGAACGCCACCACCCUGGACAUCAACCUGUCGCAGACGCUGGCCAACAAGACGCUGGUGGUCACGACCAUUUUGGAAAACCCAUACGUCAUGCGCCGGCCCAACUUCCAGGCCCUGUCGGGAAAUGAGCGCUUUGAGGGCUUCUGCGUGGACAUGCUGCGGGAGCUGGCUGAGCUGCUGCGCUUCCGCUACCGCCUGCGGCUGGUGGAGGACGGGCUGUACGGGGCACCCGAGCCCAAUGGCUCCUGGACGGGCAUGGUCGGCGAGCUCAUCAACCGGAAGGCAGACCUGGCUGUGGCUGCAUUCACCAUCACAGCCGAGCGGGAAAAGGUCAUCGACUUCUCCAAACCCUUCAUGACCCUGGGGAUCAGCAUCCUCUACCGAGUGCACAUGGGGCGCAAGCCUGGCUACUUCUCCUUCCUGGACCCCUUCUCCCCUGCUGUGUGGCUCUUCAUGCUUCUUGCCUACCUGGCCGUCAGUUGCAUCCUGUUCCUGGCUGCCAGGCUGAGCCCCUAUGAGUGGUAUAACCCACACCCAUGCCUGCGGGCGCGCCCCCACAUCCUAGAGAACCAGUACACGCUGGGCAACAGCCUCUGGUUCCCCGUCGGGGGCUUCAUGCAGCAGGGCUCGGAGAUCAUGCCCCGGGCGCUGUCUACUCGCUGCGUCAGUGGAGUCUGGUGGGCCUUCACCUUGAUCAUCAUCUCCUCCUACACCGCCAACCUGGCCGCCUUCCUCACCGUGCAGCGCAUGGAGGUGCCUGUGGAGUCGGCUGACGACCUGGCAGACCAGACCAACAUUGAGUAUGGCACCAUCCACGCUGGCUCCACCAUGACCUUCUUCCAGAAUUCACGGUACCAGACGUACCAGCGCAUGUGGAACUACAUGCAGUCGAAGCAGCCCAGCGUGUUUGUCAAGAGCACAGAGGAGGGCAUCGCCCGCGUCCUCAACUCUCGCUAUGCCUUCCUGCUCGAGUCCACCAUGAACGAGUACCACCGGCGCCUCAACUGCAACCUCACCCAGAUCGGGGGCCUGCUUGACACCAAGGGCUACGGCAUCGGCAUGCCGCUGGGCUCGCCGUUCCGGGACGAGAUCACACUGGCCAUCCUGCAGCUCCAAGAGAACAACCGGCUGGAGAUCCUGAAGCGCAAGUGGUGGGAGGGGAGCCGGUGUCCCAAGGAGGAGGACCGCCGUGCUAAAGGUCUGGGCAUGGAGAACAUCGGCGGCAUUUUUGUUGUGCUGAUCUGUGGCCUCAUCAUUGCUGUCUUCGUGGCCGUCAUGGAGUUUAUAUGGUCCACGCGGAGGUCAGCAGAGUCCGAAGAGGGCCCCAUCUGGCCCCAUUUCCUCCCCUCUCGUCUUCCCCGGGACACCCCCCAGCAGUUCUCUCCUUGCCUCGGCAUCAUCAGUUCUCUUUAUUGGAUCAAGGCCGGCAGCAUACAAAUGUGCUGUCAUUUCUCCCAUCUUCAAAAAACCCUCUCAAGCCCACUUCCCCCCAGCCACCAGCCACGCUCCUCUUCCCUGACAGCCUUGAGACUUGUGUCUCCCUGCUGUUCCCAAUUCCUCUCCUCCCAUUCACUCUCGGACACACUCUAGUCCAGCUGCUGCCCCCACCUCUCUGCUGAAGCCACUCUUGUCACCAGCAGCCUCCACGGCUGAAAUCCAGUGCCGGAAGCUCAGGCCUCAUCACACGUGAGGUAGCGAUAGGCUUCAGCCCGGCCCAUCAUUCUGUCCUCAAAACCCACUCUUCCCCACCCACCUCGCUUUCCUCUACCUCCCUGGCCACUGCUUUGUGGGAAUUCUUGUGCGCGGGCCUGGGAUUGCCUCUCUCCUUGGUGAUCCCAUCAACCUCAUGGUAAGACCUUCCAUUCUGUGGACUCCUGUGUUAGUUAUCUAUUGCCAUGUGACAAAUUGUCCCCAAAUUCAGCAGCUUAAAACAGCAAACAUAUCAAUUCAGUUUCUGUGGGUCCGGAAGUGGGAGCAGCUUAGCUGGGCCAUUCUGGCCGCACAGGGUCUCUGCUGAGGUCAUGGACACGAUGUCGGCUGAAUGCUCUGCUGGGCGGGAGGAGCCACUUCUGGGAUGGCUCUGCCUCAAAAUGUCCCUGUAGCUUUAAAAAAAAUUUUAAAAUUGAUUUCA